UUUAUAACUCGGCCCUAGAGGUUAACAAACUCUUGCUUUCGAGAGAUGUCAUUAAGUAUUUGGCUGAAAAACACAAACUUGAAGGGGAAAACAAAGACAAACUAACUGAGAUGGAAAAGGAGCUGUUCAAAAAUCUGCAAAAUGUGCAGAAAACAAUAAACGUUAAAGGGAAAAACACAGAAAAUCCAAAUGUGAGGAUUUUGAGCGACACCUUACGGGAAGAUGCUUGAUGACAAAGGGGACGAUUCACGGGCCAUGGUUUUUGUGAAAGCAAGAGCUACUUGCAGAUCUCUUGCUGCAUUUUUGGACAGGGAUCUCCAGAGUAGUGGUGUAAAAGCGAGUCCAUUAUAUGGAAAGGAAAAUCGUGGAGGAGAUGACGGAAUGACAGAAAGUCAACAAACCGAGAUACUAGACAAGUUUCGCAGUGGAUUAUUCAAAGUACUAGUAUGCACAUCUGUUGGGAAUGAGGGUAUAGAUGUUCCUGAUUGUAAUAUUGUUCUUAGUUACGAGUAUUCCGGAGAUGAAAUAACAAAAAUACAAAUGAAAGGUCGUGCACGUAAGAAAAAAGCGACAACAAUCACUAUGGGAAGUGAUAAAGUAGUAGAACAGGAAAUGAUAAAUACAUACAAAGCUGCAAUGAUGUAUAGGGCCAUGAAUACUGUAAAACAGUUGGAUCCAAAAUUCAUCAGUAUGAAAGUCAAUGCCUACCAAAGUGAAGAAACACAUAAAUACAGAUUUAAAGCAGAAGUUGAGAAGUUGAAAAAGGGAAGGAAGUCUGAUGAAGAUUACGAGAUUUUGUGUGGAAGAUGCAACACUUUUGCUUGUUAUGUCUCUGAUGUAAGGCAGCUUGGACAUGAUCAUAUCGUAAUUGAUAAAAAUUUCGCUGACAAGAUUACAAAAACAGAACACAAGAAGCCGAAAACAUAUGACGGCCUACACAAAAAAUACAAGAUGUUUUGCAAGAAAUGCCCAAUAGACUGGGGUAUAAUUGGACAAAGAGAUUGCUUAGACUGCAUGAUCCUAAAAAUCAUCAAUUUCAAGUUUAGGAAUUUGCGUACACAUGGUGUGAGUACCUACAAAAAAUGGAUCGAUGUACCAUACGCUGUUCCUGAAAUAAAGUUGGAAGAUCUACCCAGAUUGCUAGGAGGUCCAGAGGAAUUAUAAUUGUUCGUGUAAAAGACGAAAUAAAAUUUAAGAUCUAAACCAUAUAUGUACUAAAGUACUUAAAUUUCGGGAUGACAAGUAUUUAUAAUAUCUAUAAUGUAGGGGUAUUAAUGUUUUACAAUGUUAAUGAAUAUUUAAUGUUUUUCUUGAUUUUAAAGGUAAUGUCUACCAUGUCAUCGUUCAAAUAUUGUUUCAUUUGUUAUUAUUUUUUAUUAAAUGAAUGCCCUUGUUGUAAAAAAUUAAAAGGAAUUUUUAGAUCCAUAAUGUAGAUAUUGAUUAGAACUUUAAAUAAAUCAUAGAUAUUAUGUUUUUGAAAUGAUUUUGAAAUAGGAUUCAGUUCAUGUAUAUUUGUUGCUUACCAGUGUUUAAUUUGUGAAAAAGCUUUUUGUAUAUUGCUCUAAUAAGUAAUUUUUUUAGCACUUACUGGCAAUGAAAAUUCAUUUGGUAAAUACAUUAUUCAAAAUUCAUGAUCAUAGAAAUUGAAUUUAGUGGUAUUAUUUAUUUGGAUAUCAGACAAGUAAUUUAAUUGCUCAGUAUAAACGGUUGAAAUAUUAUAUUGAAGCGAUGUUUAUAUUGUAAACAACGGUUUGUAUAAGUCAUGAACCAUGUUAGACAUCGUUAUAACAAACUGAUAAAAAAGAGAAUUGCUAUAUUUGAGGUUAAACGAAAAUUACUUAAUGAAUUGACACCAGUGGUGAAGAAAGAUUAUAUAAAUGGAAGCGACGUUACAAACGUUCAGUACAUAUAAUACAUACCAUGUAAUACAUACUGUACCUUCUCGGGCAAAAGUUACCGUUAUUGAGCAAGUAUGUACUUGUUAGUCCUAAUUUCUUGCUUUCAAAAAAUUUUGUAUAUUAAUUGGUAUCAAGAUUACAUAUUAAGUAUUGCAUACUCUGUAAAGAGUGUUCAUAUCGUGGUGCAACACCGUUCGACCCCCCUCCCCCGAUUACAGAAAUAAUUACGUUUUAUUCAAAUUCGUUUAAUUCACGAUUACUUUCGAACCUCGAGAUAAAUUACUGAAGACUAUUUAUGAUAAUUAAAAUCGGCGUUCAAACAAACAAAACAAACUUACAAAACGUUUAAAGUUGUAUUAUUUAGUUACUAUUGCUGUUUGAUUUUAUGCCUUCAUAAAACUUAGUGUGAUUAGAUGGUGACGUUAUGUCGAUUAAAGUGUAAAUGCUGAUUGUCAAGGUAAGUAUCUAAAAUUGCAAUUUUCCAUAAUGGUCUUUAAUUUUGGAUUCCACUUCGCAAAAGUAAUCAAGAACUCACGGGCUAAACGGUUAUUUCUAUAGAAUCCAUUAUAAAAUAUAUUGCUAACGUAAGCUUGAUUAAUACAAGGGUGGUGCAGGUUAUUUUUAUAUUUCGUACUUAAUAUAUGUUAUCAUAAAUUAUCAGUAAGUCUACCACAAUUGUACAGGUCAAUCAGACUGAACUAAUCAGAUACAAUUAAUAAAUAGCACACGCAUACAUAUAUACAAAGUAUAUCGAUUCAAAGUGAAACUUGAAAUUUUCAUUUAACCAUCUUGUGUUGUGUUGCUUUAACGAUGUGAACGGAUAUUCACGUCGAAAUUGUUUCUCCAUUAAUCGUAUAGCUUCAUUUCAUUGAGAAAUAAAAUUUGGUAAAAAUUACUGAAUUUAUUGAAAAUGUUCAUACUUUUGUACAUGCAAAUGAUAGCGAUUUAUGUAAUCAAACCUAUAUUAAAAAAAAGCUAUAUGAAUAUUUCUAUACUAUUUCGGGAGUGCUUAAUUCGUAUAUUAAAAAAAACAAGAAACAAAAAGAUAAUUUCUUUUUAAUAUAUAGAGAUAUCCUUUUUUCAUAAUUAUAUUUACGGUGAAUUUCAGUGUUUCUUUUUUCUUCCCUUUGU